UAGAAACAGAGAACAGUAUAUAAACACCUCCCACUAGUUCUCAUCUCUCUCAUCGAGAAACCAUUGAAGCCUCUCUUUAAAACCCUAGAAAGCUCUUUGCGUUCAUUCUUUACCGUGAAUGGCGGACGUACAGAUGGCCGAGGCUGAGACCUUCGCGUUCCAGGCGGAGAUCAACCAGCUCCUCAGCCUCAUCAUCAACACAUUCUACACCAACAAGGAGAUCUUCUUGCGAGAGCUCAUCAGCAAUUCAUCGGAUGCUUUGGACAAGAUUCGGUAUGAGAGUUUGACGGAUAAGAGCAAGCUUGAUGCGCAGCCAGAGUUGUUCAUCCGGCUUGUGCCGGAUAAGGUUAACAAGACGUUGUCUAUCAUCGAUAGUGGCAUUGGCAUGACCAAGGCUGACCUGGUGAACAACUUGGGCACGAUUGCGAGGUCGGGCACAAAGGAGUUCAUGGAGGCAUUGCAAGCUGGAGCGGAUGUUAGCAUGAUUGGCCAGUUUGGUGUUGGUUUCUACUCGGCGUAUCUGGUGGCUGAGAAGGUUAUUGUCACUACUAAACACAAUGAUGAUGAGCAGUACAUUUGGGAGUCACAAGCUGGUGGCUCAUUCACUGUCACUCGUGAUGUUAAUGGAGAGCCCCUUGGCAGGGGAACUAAGAUCACUCUCUUCCUCAAAGAAGAUCAGCUUGAGUAUCUUGAGGAGAGGAGGCUGAAAGAUUUGGUGAAGAAGCAUUCAGAGUUCAUUAGCUACCCCAUUUAUCUCUGGACGGAGAAGACCACUGAGAAGGAGGUCAGUGAUGAUGAAGAUGAGGACAACAAAAAAGAAGAAGAAGGUGAUGUGGAAGAAGUAGAUGAAGAUAAGGAGAAAGAGGAGUCAAAGAAGAAGAAGAAGGUGAAAGAGGUAUCUCAUGAAUGGACUCUCAUCAAUAAGCAGAAGCCUAUUUGGCUGCGCAAGCCUGAAGAGAUCACCAAGGAGGAGUAUGCCUCUUUCUACAAGAGCCUGACUAAUGACUGGGAGGACCAUUUGGCUGUGAAGCAUUUCUCAGUGGAGGGGCAGCUUGAGUUCAAGGCCAUUCUGUUUGUGCCGAGGAGAGCUCCAUUUGACCUCUUUGAUACAAGGAAGAAGAUGAACAACAUCAAGCUCUAUGUGCGGAGAGUCUUUAUCAUGGAUAACUGUGAGGAGCUCAUCCCAGAAUAUCUUAGCUUCGUGAAAGGAGUUGUGGAUUCAGAUGACCUUCCUCUGAACAUAUCCAGGGAGAUGCUUCAGCAGAACAAGAUCCUUAAGGUUAUAAGAAAGAAUCUGGUGAAGAAAUGCCUGGAGAUGUUCAGUGAGAUCGCUGAGAACAAGGAGGACUACACCAAGUUCUACGAAGCCUUCUCUAAGAAUUUGAAGUUGGGUAUCCAUGAGGAUAGCCAGAACAGGGCCAAGUUGGCUGAUCUUCUCAGAUACCAUUCAACCAAGAGUGGAGAGGAGAUGACCAGCUUGAAAGACUAUGUGACCAGGAUGAAGGAAGGCCAGAAGGAUAUUUAUUACAUCACUGGAGAAAGCAAGAAGGCCGUGGAGAACUCCCCAUUCCUGGAGAAGUUGAAGAAGAAAGGCUAUGAAGUGCUGUUCAUGGUGGACGCAAUUGAUGAAUAUGCAGUUGGCCAACUGAAAGAGUAUGAUGGCAAGAAGCUUGUGUCUGCCACAAAGGAGGGUCUCAAGCUUGAGGACACCGAGGAGGAGAAGAGGAGAAAGGAAGAGAAGAAGGCUGCAUUCGAGUCACUCUGCAAGACAAUGAAGGAUAUACUUGGAGACAAGGUGGAGAAGGUGGUAGUCUCUGACAGGAUUGUGGAUUCCCCUUGUUGCUUAGUUACCGGCGAGUAUGGCUGGACAGCCAACAUGGAAAGGAUCAUGAAGGCUCAGGCACUGAGGGACAGCAGCAUGAGCUCUUACAUGUCAAGCAAGAAGACAAUGGAAAUCAAUCCAGAGAAUGGAAUUAUGGAAGAGCUUAGGAAGAGAGCUGAGGCAGAUAAGAAUGACAAGUCGGUGAAGGACUUGGUGUUGCUGCUUUAUGAGACUGCACUGCUAACUUCCGGGUUUAGUUUGGAUGAUCCCAACACAUUUGCAGGGAGGAUCCACAGGAUGCUGAAGCUGGGGCUAAGUAUUGAUGAGGAUGAGACUGCUGGAGAUGAUGUUGAUAUGCCUCCUUUGGAGGAAUACGUGCAGGAGGAGAGCAAGAUGGAAGAAGUGGAUUAAGGAUAUGGGUAUCUGCUGUAUAUGAAACCAGAGACUUCUCAUCAUUUGUGGUGUCAGUCUGUGUGGGAAAAUGGUUUUUAUUUUUUUGUCUUUUGUUUUUUGAGUGUUCAUACAUAUUGGAGUCUGUUCAUUCUUAGUGAGUCUGUCCUGUGAGGGUGUUGGUAAAAACUUGGUUGAGAAAUUUGUUUUUUGUAAGUCUUUUUGUCUUGGUUUAAUGUCAACACAACAGGUCUUAUCUUGUAACAAUGUUUUCAGAGUUAGUUUUGAAUCUACAUGAGCAAGUCUUAGUAAAAUCUAA